CGUAUAAUCUAGUGGACGGAACGCUUCUUUCAACAGCAGCAACACUUAGUCAGCCACCUCGGUAGCUUGCUAGCCAAAAUAGCUAAACCAAUCAGCUUCUUUAGACGCUUUAGUGUAUAUUAGCCACUGUGUUAUGAACCCACUUCUGUCGUCUAGUUUAUAAUCCGAUUUAAUUUCAUAUUUACGGUGUUGUUGUUAUUAGUCAGCUAGCGGGCUGGUUAAGUUAGCAUUAGCCUAGCUAGCUAACGUAUCCGACCAUGAGGUCACUAAGCUACUCUCUACCUGCUAAAGAAGAGGGGGUCUGCUGGACGGAGAAAGAAGCUCUGGUGAAAGAGGAGGAGGAAGAGGAGGCUGUUACAAUACAAAAACAAGUAGAGUGUGAGGCUGUUACAGUGAAAGAAGAGAAAUGCGUUACAGUGAAGGAAGAGGAAGAUGCGUUCAGAGUGAAAGAGGAGGAUGCAGUAUUUGGAGUGAAAGAUGAGACGGGGGAGAUGACUGUCACAUCGAAAAAGGAGAACGAGGAAGAAGAGGAGGACACUGGAUAUCUGAGGCCGGUUUUCCAGGCUCAUCUUAAGGCAUCCAACGAUGAACUUAGCCGUAAGAUGGUUUUGAGAAACCUGGCCCUGAUUAAUACUAGACAGAGACGUGACUAUCGUGGAUCCUGUGGGGGGCCUCAACAACCUCAUGAUGCUGAGAAGGUAGAGAAGAGUCUCUCCACGUCAAAACACCUCAAGAAACACCAGCAGAGACCCACAGGGAAGAAAUCUCACUGCUGCUCUUACUGUGGGAAAGGUUGCAAAUCUUCAUCAGAACUUAAAAUCCACCAGGGAACACACACAGGAGAGAAGCCUUAUAGCUGUAAUCUAUGUGGGAAGAGUUAUUUAAGAUCAGAUUCACUAAAAGUACACAUGAGAAUUCACACUGGAGAGAAACCUUAUAGCUGUACUCAAUGUGGGAAGAGUUUUACUCAGUCAAACACCCUGGUAUCACACCAGAGAAAACACACAGGAGAGAAAUAUUAUAGCUGUAAUCAAUGUGGGAAGAGUUUUACCACAUCAAGCCAUCUGAUUCGACACCAGAGAACACACACAGGAGAGAAGCCUUAUAGUUGUCAUCAAUGUGGGAAGAGUUUUACUCAGUCAAACACCCUGGUAUCACACCAGAGAACACACACAGGAGAGAAGCCUCAUAGUUGUAAUCAAUGUGGGAAGAGUUUUACUCAGUUAAGCACCCUGGUAUCACACAAGAGAACACACACAGGAGAGAAACCGUAUAGCUGUGCUCAAUGUGGGAAGAUUUUUACUACAUCUAGUGAUCUGACGGUACACCAGAGAACACACACAGGAGAGAAAUCUUAUAGCUGUGAUCAGUGUGACAAGAGAUACUCUGAUAAAAGAUCUCUGAUCAAGCAUCAGAAAAUACAUUCAUGAAGGAGUUGUUUCAUGACAUCAAUAAAAUAAUGUCACAAUGUAGAAUGUUUUAACAUUGUAGUAGCAGUAUUUUAAUGUCACAGUGUAGAAUGUUUUAACAUUGUAGUAGGAGUAUUUUAAUGAUGUCGCAAUGAAGAAUGUUUUAACAUUGUAGGAGUAUUUUAAUGAUGUCAUAAUGUAGAAUGUUUUAACAUUGUAGUAGGAGUAUUUUAAUGAUGUCACAAUGAAGAACCCUAAAUGUUUGCCCCCUGUUCUAUUGGUUUCGGCAUUAUAUGGAUAUCAGUGGGAAAAUCUUUGUACUUUGCGCCGUUCAUCUUUCCCUCGAUCUUGAAUUGUCUGCUAGUCCCUGCCACUGAAAAACAUCCCCACAGCAUGAUGCUGCCACCACCAUGCUUCACCGUACAGAUGGUGCCUUGUUUCCUCCAUACGUGACGCUUGGCAUUCAGGCCAAAUAGUUACACUUUGGUUUCAUCAGACCAGAGAAUGUUGUUUCUCAAGGUCUGAGAGUCCUUUAGGUGCCUUUUGGCAAACAACAAGCAGGCUGUCAUGUGCCUUUUACUGAGGAGUGGCUUCCGUCUGGCCACUCUACCAUAAAGGUCUGAUUGGUGGAGUGCUGCAGAGAUGGUUGUCCUUAUGGAAGAUUCUUCCAUUUACACCGAAGAACUCUGGAACUUUGUCAGAGUGACCAUUGGGUUCUUGGUCACCUCCCAAGGCCCUUCUCCCAAAUGUAUGUAGUUCUGUCCUUGAGCUGUUCUUGUCUAUUGAUCUAUAUUAUGUCAUGUUUUGUGUGGACCUCAGGAAGAGUACCUGCUGCUUUUGCAACAGCUAAUGGGGAUCCUAAUAAAAUACCAAAAUAACAAGAUUGUUCAGUUUUGCCGGGUGGCCAACUCUAGGAAGAGUUUUGGUGGUUCCAAACUUUUUCCAUUUAAGAAUGAUUGAGGCCACUGUGUUCUUGGGGACCUUCAAUGCUGCAGACAUUUUUUGUUACCAUUCCCCAGAUCUGUGCCUCAACAUAAUCCUGUCUCAGAGCUCUAUGGACAAUUCCUUUGACCUCAUGGCUUGGUUUUCACUCUGACAACUAUGGGACUUUAAAAAGACAGGUUGUGUGCCUUUCCAAAUCAUGUCCAAUCAAUUGAAUUUACCACAGGUAGACUCCAAUCAAUUUGUAGAAACAUCUCAAGGAUGAUUAAUGGAAACAAGAUGCACCUGAAAGCAAUUUUUGAGGCUUGUAGCAAAGGGUUUGAACACUUAAGUAAAUACAUUUGCAAAUGGUUUGUCAUUAUGGGGUGUUGUGUGUAGAUCGAUGAGUGGAAUUUUUUUCCGAAUGAGGCUGUAAUGUAACAAAAUGUUGAAAAAGUGAAGGGGUCUGAAUACUUUAUGAAUGAACUGUAUUCCGAAUGAACUGUACACAGACGUGAUACGUGGUAUAGAAAAGUCCAAUCUUAGGAGAGUACAUGGGAGGCCCUAUACUGUGUGUCUGCAGGUGUCUAUCAUGUCUACAGAGAAACCUAGAUUAAAAUACUUAGAUUUGUGUGUAUUGGGAAUAUGUUGUGAAAUUGUUAGAUAUUAGUUGUUAGAUAUUACUGCACUGUCAGAGCUAGAAACACAAGCAUUUUGCUACACCCGCAAUAACAUCUACUAAACACGUGUAUGUGACCAAUAAAAUGUGAUUUUGAUUUGAAAUAAACGUCCUAUUUAUCAAAGGUGCUUUUGGCUGGGGUCAAAAUGACUCCAAAGGAUUUGAAUUUGUUAAAAGUCCAUAUUGAUACAGAAACACUUAACCAUGAUUUUGGUUUAUUAAGAAAAAGUUGAUUGACAAAGUCAUGAAAAAUGUAAUAAGCCACAUUUUGGCUAUGAUAAAAGAUAUGCCUCUGGGGUCAAAAUUAUCCAUGUCAGAAGUAUGGUUCAAUGCAAAUAUUUAGUGGGUGUAAAGUUUGUUUUUGAUUAGUGUUUAAUGAGUGAGAAUUUAUCAACACAUGCUUCUCUUUGAACGACUUAAUAUAAUAUUAAGCUUUUGUGAAAUAAAUUAAAAAUACACGUUUGGUUCCUCCACUGCGUUGCCCACUCCAGUCAGCAGAUGUGGAUGUGCGUCUUUUAGGUCAGGCGAUGCUGCCAGUGUAACGUAUAAUCUAGUGGACGGGACGCUCUUUCAACAACAACAGCUAGUCAGACACCUCGGUAGCUUUCUAGCAAACAUAGCUACAACAUUCACGCUCUUCCAAAUCAUGUCCAAUCAAUUGAAUUUACCACAGGAGGACUCCGAACAAUUUGUAGAUACAUCUCAAGGAUGAUUAAUGGAAACAGGAUGCACCUGAAAGCAAAUUUGAGUCUCAUAGCAAAGGGUCUGAAUACUUAUGUAAAUAAGGUAUUUCUGUUUUUUACUUGUUUUCACUUUUUCAUUAUUGUGUGAAGAUUAAUGAGGAUUCUAUUUUUUUUAAUCCAUUUUAAAAUAAAGCUGUAACGUAACAAAAUGUGGAAAAGGGGAAGGGGUCUGAAUUUUCUGAAUGAACUAUGUUUAAUAAAUAAAAAAAAAUGUAACCUUUAUUUAUUUCACAAUCACAGCCGGUUGUGACACAGCCUGGACUUGAACCGGGGGGUCUGUAUUGACGCCUCAAGCACUGAGAUGCAGUGUCCACUGCGCCACUCAGGAGCCUCAAAAUCAUGUUCUGGUGCUGUUCCCACCUAAAAUAAAUCUUGGUCAACCAAGAGUCGUCUGUUCAUUCUACCAAUUGAUUGGUUGAAAUGUUGUAUGUAUUUUUCCAUAUAUAUACACACUCCAUUUGUUUUAAUAAAAUCAACUAUAUGUA